AUGGAAUGCAACAAAGAAGAAGCCGUAAGAGCCAAAGAUAUGGCUGAAAAGUAUUUACUUGAAGGAGACAUUAAUGGAGCCAAGAGGUUGGCUUUGAAAGUUCAAAGUCUCUUUCCUGAACUGAAUGGCUUGUCUCAGUUCAUCGACAUCAUCAAUAUACACAUUGCCGGUGACCGCAAAAUAAAUGAGGCCCCCGAUUAUUACGGCAUAUUGGGGGCCGAUCCAUUGGCUGAUGAGGACACAUUGAAAAAACAAUAUCGGAAAAUGGCGCUCGCCCUUCACCCUGAUAAGAACAAAUCUGUAGGGGCCGACGCCGCAUUUCAAAUAUUGUCACAAGCAUGGAGUGUACUGUCGGAAAAGGAGAGCCGAAAUGCGUAUCAUUUAAAGAUAAACAUACUUCCACAAAACCAAAUUAUUGAUAGUUCUUGUUCAACAAGUGCUCCAAAUACUAUAUUUUCGACUUCUGCUAAUCCUACACAAAGUCGGAGAUAUUCAGAAUUCACUACAUAUAGUGUUCCUUCCCGACAGGAUUUUUUUUCAGGAUUUGUACACCCAAUGUAUCGAGAAAGUGGAGCUUACUUUUACCAGAAUCCGCGUCCAACAAGUCAGGAUUUUGGAUUCGUUCCCGUAUUCAAUCCUAUGUAUCCUGCUGUCGGAGUGCAUAAUCCUUCCCGGCCUCCUAGGAAGGAGAAUAUGUCUUCAACAAGGACAAGAUCAAACACAUUUUGGACAUCUUGCAAUAGGUGCAAGACACAUUUCGAGUACAAAAAUAUGUAUUUGAAUAAAAUUCUGGAGUGUCCUCGAUGCAAACAGUCUUUCAAAGCAAUAAAGAUUCCUGCCCCAAAUUUAAAAGCUAAGGGCUCACACUAUUGGAAUAUCGGCCGUAACACUGAAGAUCUAUCGACAUUCUUGAGUCGUUUAAGGGAAAAAUUCAGAAAUAUUUCUCAGGUGUCUUCAGAAAGGAUGAAUGUGUUUAAUUCUGAGGCUACCAUGAACAAGUCACUGAAGAAUUAUAACCCUGAUUCAAAAGAGUUGUCGAAUAUUGAAUUACGCAAAGUUCUAAUGAGAAAUGCAAAGAUGGCAUUGGUAGGCCAGCUGAACAAACUAUUUGAAGAUGGAGAAGUAAACAAAGACAGGCAAACAGAAGAAUCUCUGGACCAACCUUAG